UACAUGUACUUAGCGUAAUUCGUAGUGGGGAACGAGAGUUAGAGUAAUGUUGUGUGUUAAUGAUGGGAAAUUGGGAAAUUAUUGGAGACUUUUAAUUCGGAGUCACGAGUGCGUCGCGUCACUGAUUCAUUCUUAGGGAAAUGGGAGUGAACGAUACAAAUAAAACGUGAUAACAAAUGCAGCACCUGUUGCUCAUAAAACUUCCAACCUUAUGAAUACGUCUACGACAUUCCAUAGCUAAAUUAGAUAAUCUAGUACUUUACCACAGAGUAUAUGUACCAAAUUAAAGUCUGCAGUCUGUGAUUGUUUUACAUGCAUUUUGUGAUGCAAAAGCGAAGCAAAGAUGAAGGUAACCGUGUGUUUUGACCAUAUAAGAGUUGUUGUGCCUUGUGGGGAUGGUAGUCUCCUUGUCAGGGAUCUCAUGCACGAGGCGAUCCUUAGAUAUAAGAAAGCCACGGGUAAGAACGACAGUACGCUAUCGAUUACAAGCCUAUCGUCUCUGACCGGUGGGGGAAUAUUGGAUCCAGAUGAUAGAUUAUGCGACGUUGCGGACGAUAGGGAACAAAUUGUCGCACAUUUUGUUGGCUCAGAUGUAAUACACGCAGGAGGCGAUGGUUCAAGUUCGGUUGGAACAAACAGUCCCGACUUCUUUCAUGGAGAUAAUAAAGAGCAUCGUAUAUACGCGAGUAGAUCAACUGGUAAUAUAAAAAGAGAAAGUACCAAGAGGUUGUCGAUGCAUGUAUUAUCGUCGAGAGAGCCAUGCUUAACAACGUAUUCUGCACUUUCUUUGCCUCGUGAAUGUAGACGCAAGGAGCCACUGGGACAAGAUGCUAAAGCCUUAUACGAAGUGUCGAGCGCAAAGGCAGAUUUAAAGGAUCAAGGAGAUGUUCGUGAAAUAAUUAUCAAAAAUGAAGCAGGACCACUUGGAUUACACGUUGUGCCUUGUUAUGAUUUAUUGGGAAAUGAUCAAGGCCUUAGAGUAGAAGGAAUCGAGCCUAAUGGACGUAUAGCGAAGGAUGGUCAAAUAGAUUUACACGAUAAAAUUAUUAAGAUAAAUGGGCAUAAUUUGCUACGAGUACCAUUCUCAAAAGUGCAAGAUAUUUUUCGUUCCUGCAUGAAUGAAGCAUGUUUACAAAUAUCUGUAUUAAAAUAUAAGAAGCACCGAGAGAAUAGUAUACAAAAGGUCUUAGGAAGUUCCGUUAGUACGGAUAAAGCUGGAGAGAAUGACGAUAGCGUAAAGCGACUGCAAUGUGCUAAUUACAAUUUAUUACAAACAGCUAAUACUCGUAAAAUUGGAAAAAUGAUUGAAAUUGAAUUAUCAAAGGGUAAUAAUGGAUUGGGCUUUAGCGUUACAACUAGAGAUAAUCCUGCGGGAGGUCACUGUCCAAUUUAUAUAAAAAAUAUACUUCCUAAAGGUGCUGCGGUAGAAGAUGGUAGGCUAAAAUCUGGGGAUAGAUUGCUCGAGGUCAAUAAUUUAGAAAUGACUGGUAAAAGUCAGGCUGAGGUUGUUGCGUUGCUCAGAAGUAUUCCACCUGGGGGUAAAGUGCGAUUAGUUGUAUCUCGACAGGAAGAAGGUUCUACAAGUACAUCUGACAUGCAAACGGGAGCUCCAAUUACUAAUUCAGACAUCUCUAAUGACUGGAAACCUUCGCACGAAUCUCCAGUAAAGAAGAAAGAAGAACCAGCAGAGUCAUACGAUAAAUGUAAUUUUAAAACUGUUCAAGUGUCAGACGAUAUUGUCUUAUCUCCAAGAAAGAAUCGAGUGAUUCUUACUUUAGACAUUCCAGUUCAUGAUUCUGAGAAAGCCGGUUUAGGUGUGAGUGUUAAGGGGAAAACUAGUACAAGCGACGAUAGUACCAAUAUUGAUUUGGGUAUUUUCAUUAAAAGUGUAUUGCACGGCGGUGCAGCCUCAAGAGACGGACGAUUAAGAACAAAUGAUCAAUUGCUCAAUGUUAAUGGAGUUUCGCUCUUAGGCCUGUCCAAUUCCGAUGCUAUGGAAACUUUGAGAAGGGCUAUGCUUAAUACGAAUAGUUCCAUCACUGGCGUCAUAACCCUUACAAUUGCUCGACGAGUCUCCUCCUAUGAAAAUUCAACGGAAAAAAAUUUCAAUGAAAAAAUAGCAGCCACUACCUGUAAAGUCGAGGCUACGAAUAAUGUUUAUAUAUUGACGUCGAAUGCCAAGCAGAACGACGGUCGCGUUAAGGAAAAGAAUAAUUUGAACUCCCAAGCAGAUAUUUUAGACAAAGGUUUACUCUCGGUAUCAGCUUCACCAUGGAAUCCCGUGAUAGAUCGACUUACAGAACAGUAUAACAAAAAUAGUUUAAGAAACGAAAGCUAUUGCAUCGCUACAAACAAAACUUGGAUAGAUCCAGUCAGUAUUUCAAAGAAACAUAGUAUUGGUCAACAGGAUGAUCAUUUGGAAACAGUAUUAUUAGAAGAAACGAAUGAAAAUUCUCAUAAUUGUAAUUCGGAGGUGAAAAAAGGUACCGAUGAUAAGGAUAGCCAGUAUUCCGGGGAUCCAACGUACGACAGUCAACUAUCCCUCGAGGAAUUUAAUUUAUCGACAAAUAAGUUUUCGAGAGAUGCUUUGGGAAGGCAAAGUAUGUCCGAGAAAAGACACGCUGCACUCGAUGCCAAAAAUACCGAUACUUACAAAAGGAACAAAAAAGUUCGCGAGAGCAGGGAUAAUAACAAUAAGUCAGACGAACAAAAGAACCAUAAUAAGAAGGAUUUGAAGAUUGAAAGUUUUGGUACGACAAUUAGUAGUAAAUCGUCGUUCGGAGAAAGUUCGAAACAUUCCCAAUCAGAGUAUUUAUAUACUAUUCCAGGAUGCAAUAAUAAAUUAAUAUCGCCGCGGAAACAUUGGCUAGUUGAUGAUGUUCAUAGUGGCGAAGUAUCCAACAGUAAUAAUAAAGAAGAGCAAGGUUUCUCGAAUAGUCGAGGAGAUAUUAAACAAGCGUCAUUAAAUUCCGCCCUAGACGAUCGGUACAAGAGAUCUCGAAAGAAAAGUGGAAUCAGAUCGAUGCUUCGUCUUGGGAAAAAUCGCAAAUCAUUAAAUUUUGGAGAUAAUAUUGAUAAUCGGCACGAAUCUAGUAAUUAUUGUAGUGGAACAAUUAACUAUAUAGCAUGAUAAGCAGUGAAGGGAUAAUGAAUUUUCGAACGUCUGCUUUCGAAGGAACUCAAUGAA